GUUAUUUUCUUACCUGAAACACAGCGCCGUCUGUAGUUUCAUAGAGAGUUAACUUUUUAUCAUUUCUGAUUAGCGUCCUUAUCAUGCCUUGGAUAUCAGGAUGCUGUUGUUUUGAAUCUCUAUCUAAAGGAAGCAAAGCGAGUGGCGUUUUCACGCUUGUAGUGGGAACGGUAAAUAUAUGUAUAGGAAUAAUUCUUUUAUAUAAUAUGCAUUGGCUUGAAGAUAAUUUAGAGGCUAACGAGAGAGAAAUAUUUCUACCACCAGGAUGUAUACCGAUUGUAUAUUUAGCGCAGGUCUUCAAUGUUAUAUUAAUCAUAGUUGGUUUGCAACUGAUUAUUGGAGUCAAUCGAGGUCUAUAUGGAAAGAAUCGAAUAUUCCUAUGGAUAUAUUUCUCGAUUUUUCAUAGAUCUUGGGAGCUAUUUCUAUUGGUUUAUACUUGCGUUUGGUUUGGAAGUCAUAGAUUCACUGACAUUAUUUUUGUUAUCCCUGAAGUCCAUGCUGUUAUUGCUUAUUGGGUUAUUUGCUUGGUUUUACUGAUAUGUGCAAUAAUAUGUGUAGCUUCGUAUUGGCAAGAAGUAGACGAAGAAAGUGUUGGAAAGUUCAAGCGCAAGAAACACUUUUUGAAACUCAGUAACAUCAGACAAGCCGGAUAUCAUCGUCAUGGAGCCUCCACUCCCGGCUCACUUUAUGGAAUUAAAACCCCCAGAAGCACUGUUGGAUUAAGCCGUUCUACAAUACUGGCGGGGCAAGCCGUCAGCUCUCACGCUGGGAGCGCAUAUAACUGGCCGGAAGGAAGAAAAUGAAAUGUGUAACUUUUUAAAACGGUUUCUUAUACUUCAUUUAGAUAGACUAUUACUCAAAAACCCUUUAAGUUUAGUAUUUUUUUUUAUGAAAAAAAAUAAAUUAUUUUAAAUUCUUGAUAAAAAAAUAUAACAGUUGUGUCUUAGAAUAAUAAUAAUUUACAAGAUUCAUAUAUUCAUCUGUUCAAUUACG